GUGGCAGGGUUCGGCAAUGGUGGCCACUUGCUGGCAGCAUACUGUUGAUGAUGUGAUUUCUCGUGAAUUGGUGUGAAAAGUCGGGUUUCUUUUCUUGACUACGGUAAAAUUUAGCUUGUUACGGUGUCUACAAAAUCUGAAAGCGUCAUUUGAGCUAUGUCUAUUAACAAUUUAACAUCCAACGGAGGUAGAAAAAAGGCUUUCUGCCUUCAUCUAAAGAUUUAAACACGAGUGAUGGACAAGAUGUCCAUGCCCCCAAGGCGCGAAGGGAAGCUUGAGUCGGCGAGGGAGUCGGUGAGAAAAGAGCGAGGGAUGGGGGAGGAAGGAGGUGGGUCUGGCCGGUACUGGCUGGUGAAGACGGAGCCCGGCGACUGGUCUUGGGCGGAUCAAGCGGCCAACGGUGGCGUUUCUCGAUGGGACGGCGUAAGAAACGCGCAGGCCCAAGGGUUCAUGAAGGAGAUGAGGGAAGGCGACUUAUGCUUCUUCUAUCACUCGGGCGGCAAGGCCAGGGCGGUGGUUGGAGUGACCAAAGUCAUUAAGGAGUGGUAUCUCUGCGAAGACAAUGACGGAGGAGCGGUGGACCUGGAGGCUGUAGGGGAAAUGCAGAGGCCUCUGACCCUAAAGGAGAUAAAGGAGAAGGCCAAGGAAGAAGAGGGCAACUUCGAUGGGCUUCUUCUCCUGAAGCAGCCACGCCUCUCUGUCAUGCCCAUCCCUCCUCGCUCGUGGGAUCGCAUCUGCGAGCUCGGUGGAUUCCAGAAGCCAUAGCGAUCAAAAUCGCCGGUCUGUGUAUGUAUUGUCCCUCAUUGUCCCUCCUGCCUGGGAAAAGAAAAGCCCUAGAACAGAUAUGGAUGUCGUUUGUAAAAAUCUCUGCGGCCGCGACGAAUAUCGGCAUGGUUUUUAAAAUAUCGAGAUUUUUGUCUUGAUAUUUAUAGUGCCGAGUGUGAUGUGGUUUUUAUGUUACUUCAUGAUCUUGAUGAUGUAGAAUAGUGUCGGAACUCCGUAGGGUUGAACAUCGCGUUUUUAUCGUCAUCUCUUGUACCCUGUGGACUCUUCUCUCUCUCUCUCUCUCUCUCUCUCUAUUUCUGCAGCGCAUAUUUGGAAUUUGUUC